AUGGGGGAUUGGCUUAGGGCUCGGAUUAGGGCGUCUAGGGCACCUUACCCUCCGACAGUGCAACAUGCCAUGACCGUGUUGCAUUCCACAUCGUUCGAGAUGCCUUUGCCUUGGGAUACAGGGAUGCUGUCUUCGGUUCUUGGGUCUAGGGGCUUCCUGCCGUCACCUCUUGUGCCUUGGAGUCCGGAUCAUGCUACCCAGGGGCCGCAGGUCUGCGAGACUCCUCAGCAGAUAAGGUCUAGAAAGGAGCCGUGGAAGGCAGCGGUGGUCCACUCUCGGUCUUGGGCCGACCAUGAGGACGAUCGACGGACCGCGGCACUUGAAAUGUGGCGGCUGAUCAUCUUGACUUCGGGAAAGGGCACUAGGGCUAGGGCUGCAAGUUUGGCACAUUAUGCGCGGUGGAGGGCAUCCGUUGGUCUGGACCCAGCGGUCUUUCCUUUGGACGAGGCCGAGGCUUACUUGUACGUUUGCUUUUUGAGGAGUGAGGGGGCUCCCAGGUCCCGUGCCCCGCGCUUCCGCGAAGCAAUCAAUUUUGCUGGCGCGAUGCUCGGUGCAGACGUAAGUGAUGCAUCGAGCUCGGCGCGCAUCCAAGGGGCUGCAAACCCUCAGGUUCAGGCUGUGGUUGUUCGCAAGAAGGUGCCAUUGACGGUUGCUCAGGUUAGGGCGCUUGAGGAGUUUGUCUUGCAUUCCGACAACGAUCUAGCGGCGGUUUUGGCUGGCUACGCCUUGUACUGCCUCCAUGGAAGGCUGCGCUGGAGUGACGCUCAGCACACUGAGGCAGAGCCGACAUUGGAUGUUCAUGAGGGCAAGGGAUUCCUGAACGCCCAGCUUUAUCACCAUAAAACUGCUAACCGGGGAUCGUUGGCUAGGCAUCGGUUGCUGCCCGUGUCCUGCAUCUCGCCCGGUCUUGCGGAGGGCAGUUGGGCGGCAACACUUUUGAGCUACAUGGCCAAGGCGGGUGCUCCGGAGAAUCUGCGUGCAAUUGCGGGGUAUCACUUGAGGUCUGCCAAUUCCUCUACCCUUGAGUAUUCCCGCGAUACCCUUGCACCGGCAUUGCAUUUCUUGGAGUGUAUGUUCUUGACCAUAACGAGCGGGUUGUUUGCGCCCGACGCUACCAGGGCUGGGCGCUGGACCCAGGGCGUGCGCUCGGUGGAUGAUGCGAUCCGAUUUCUGUCGGGGAAGCCGGCUCCCAGUCAGGCCUCGGGACCCGGUCCGGCCGAAGCUGCUGGGGCCGACGAGGUUGUGCAGUCUGAUCCGGAAUCGCCAGCAGAGAGCAUUGGGUCUGCCGGUGAAGCCGAGGAGGCGGGAGUCGCGGCGGGAGUGUCCAUUUUUGCGCUUGGGUCUGACUUGCAAGUCUCUGACGACGCCAGGCGGUCCGUUCGGUGUUUUCAGCAUAAAUUGAGCGGAGUGAUCCACGCAGCUAGGGACGAUCAGCCUCCAGAUGAGGGGGAGAUGACAGUCUUCCGGUGCGGCCGCUUCGCAAACCGAAACUAUGAGCUUCUGGACGAGGUAUACUGUGUCUGCGGUUGUGAGGUGACAGAUGGCUCAAUCCUUCUCAUGGUUUCGUGCUCGAAGGUGGGCUCGCAUGUGAACAUGUUCGUACACGGACGUGACGUAGAUUCUUGCACCACCAUGUCGGCCAUUGAUAGCGAAGCUGUGUUUCUUGCGAAGUGCACCCAGCUUGGAUUACCUGAGGAGGCCAGGAACCAGUUGAAGCGCAAGGGAUGGUCGACCUUCGGAACAUUUGCCUUUUGUGUCCCGGGCGAGCCUGGCCGUAUCGCUGAGGAUGUGUUCAAGACAGGUGUUGCGACCCCGAUCCUGGGGGCAGAUGGCGAUGAGCAUCAUGCUAAGCUUCGCCGGUUGCACUUUGAGGCGUAUGCACUCACUGCGGCCGAGCUCAAGCGCACGGCCGAGUCGACGGAGUCUGAUCAGCCGCGUAAGGUGCCGACGGCUGAGCUUGCGGCUAGGUACAAUGUCUUGCAGCUCAGGGUGUCCCCUUUACCGGUGAUGCAAGCCCUCCGAAGGCGCGGGGUGGCUUAUGAGCUUGCUGCCAUCAUGACGUUUGAACGCCAUGAGGAACUAAUCGAUCGCUUGUUUAUGGAGUAUCAACGUGAGCCCAUGCAAGGAUUCCAUCCCGUGUCACUGGCACAGUUGCAGGCAGCUGAUCGUGAGAUCCAUGUGCGUAUGGGUGAGCAUACGCGGGCGGGGCUAACGCCCGAUGCUUCAGGAGCCCUUCCUUUGGACGCGCCGCUCGGUAAGGUUCUGAGCGGGCCACACAUCCAUUGGAUGCUUAUGCCUCGCCAGAAGGGCUCUGCUUCAGUUGGGGAUGCCACUGAAAAGCCUCCAAAGUUGCCCAAACCACCGAAGAAGACCGACCCGUCGAAGGCGACGGAUAAGGACUCGCGUGGUGACAAAGACCAGAAUGCUGGCAAGGGGUCGGGGCCGAAUGCGGCCGACAAGCCGACCAAGCAGCGCAAGGUGCGCUUUGUUAUGCCCAAGGCGCUGAUUGGGGGAGUGCCCCGGGAUGACAGCGGGAAUAACAUCUGUUUCGAUCACAAUCUGAAGAAGUGCCCGAAUGCUGCUGGCUCCUGUCCGAAGGGGGUGUCAAACUUCUCCGAUGGCGGCCUCUGGAUUGCAGACCCGCAAGGCAAAGUGCCAUGCCCUUUGUCCGACGAGCAAGCACAUGGCGCCCUGACUCGACGGCCGGCAUCCGACCGUAACGCGCCACUUGAGUCCUCUGGGGUGUUGCGCAACAGUGGCCAGUCAAUCCGACCUUCGUUCCUGGAGAUUUUCUGUGGUUCCGCCGGCUUGUCUGCGGCCGUGCGAAAGUUGGGAUUUCAGGUUCUCGGCGUCGAUCACAAGCCCACCGCUAAGCAUGCAAAUGCACCCUUCAUCAGCCUUGACCUGCGUGACCCUGAGCAGCAGGAACGCUUGUGGGUGGAGUUACGGCGCGUGGAUGCCGUCUGGCUGGAGUUUCCCGAUGGGCUCCCAACACUGGCGGAUGUGGAUCGUUCCAAUGGCAUCUUGUGCAUUGUGGAGAAUCCCGUCGGCAGCUUGAUGUGGCGAAGUUCGUGGUUCCGUUCAGAAAUUCCGGAUGGUUUCUGGCAUGAGCUUCAUGCCUGCAUGUACGGAUCUUCCCGGCGCAAACGCACGGCUCUGUUGGCCACUUGCACUUUGCCCGGCUUGAUGCUGCAGUGUGAUGGGGCGCACAAACAUAAACGAUGGGGUCGGUCCCGGGACCCACAAACCGGGCAAUGGAAGUAUGCCACUUCCGAGGAAACGGCCUACCCUGCAAGCUUCUGUGCUGCCGCUGCUCGCGAGAUCCAGCUGGCACUUGAGCGUGUUGGCGUUUGUGUGCAACCGUCCGACUCCACUGACGGCGCAAUCGCAGCGACCUUUGCACAGCGCCAGCCACGGCGGGGCCGUGGUGUCGUGGGUCCUGCUGAAUACAAACGCCUGCACCGCAUUCUCUUGCCUCGGGACUUUCAGCCACCGGAGUGCGUUCCCGCUGAUCCGCCGCCAUGCUUGGUUGACAUCCCUUCGGGUUCAAAGCUGCUAUGGACUCGCGUCUUUGUGGAUGGGGGAGUUGAGCGCCGCGAGGCAGAAUUUGGGGUGUACCACACACCUCAAGAAUUCUUGCAGGAGGCCAUGGCAACCACGCAUCCCUUUGAUAGUGCCGUGUCCAUUGACGGUCCGAACCUUAGGGCCAUAGCAUAUACUCUUGAGCACGGGGUUGCAGCUGUAAAGCAGAAGCGCCUCUCAGUCUUGGAGCAUUAUAGGGCGCUUGAGAAAUCACUUCGGGAUGAUGAACGUGAGCUUAAGCAGUCCAUGGACCCAUCAGUCCGGGAGGUGAUGGGGUCCAAGAAUCUCCUGCUGUUCAAGCAGAUGUUGCUGGAUGCCGGUGUGCCUGACGAGCACCUCUUCGAGGAUAUGGUUCGGGGUUUUAGACUCACGGGCCCCUUAGAGCCUUCUGGGUUGUUCCCCCCUAAGUAUAAGCCUGCGUCUAUCUCGGUGGACGAACUCCGGCGCACGGCCUCUUGGUCGAAACACCUGAUCGAGGCGGCCUGCCGGAAAGCGUCUAAAGACCCGAAUGUCGCAAGGUCCGUUUGGGAGGAGUCUCUUGCUCAGGUGAAGAAAGGUUGGCUCGCCGGCCCUUUCACUUGGGAGCAAAUGGACCAGAAGUAUGGUGGCACUUGGGUGGCUUCCAAAAGGUUUGGGGUUUCCCAGGGUGACAAGGUUAGGGCGGUUGAUGAUUUGUCGCAGUUUCAGGUAAAUGCCUCCGUUACUGAGACAGAGAAGAUUCAGCUUGAGGGGCUCGAUGAUAUUGUGGCACUUGCGAGGUUCCACUUGGGAUCCACAGUGGCCGGCACAAAGGUUUUCCGGCUUCCUAUGUCCGGCGGAGGCGUUUACCAGGGCCGCCUGCAUAGGGACUUCAGGGACGGACGGGCAAGAAAUCUGAAGGGCCGAGCCCUAGACUUGCGGAGCGCAUACAAGCAGUUAGCCCGGCACCCUUCAGACGAUUGGGCAUCGGUGCUAGGUGUCCUGGACCCAGACACCGGCACCGUCUCUUACUUUGAGAGUGCCGCGCUUCCGUUCGGAGCGUCGAGCGCAGUGACAGGCUUUAACCGGGCCGCCCGAGCCCUGCGCAUUAUCAUGUCGAGACUUUUGCUCCUUGUGAAUACGUCAUUCUUUGACGAUUUUUGCCAACUUGAGAUCGAUGGUCUGACCGACUCGGCUGAUCAGGCUGCGCUUGCACUGCUGGACCUUCUUGGCUGGGAGGUGUCUGAUGGCGACAAGCUUAAACCUUUUGCUUCGGAGUUCACUAUGCUUGGGGCCGUGCUAUCCUUCAAAGAUGCUGGCAGGGGCUUGAUUAGGAUUAGGAAUAAGCCUGGGCGCGUGGAAGAGAUUGGCGACAUGGUGGAACGCCUUGCCUCCGACCCCGGUGAGGGGGCGCGCUCUCUUCCUUCCCUUAAGGGCAAGCUCUUGUUUGCAGCCUCGCAUGUGUUCGGCCGUUGCGCACAGGUGGCUACGCAGCUUAUUCAUCAUGCUGAAAAACACCAAGGUUCAGAGGCCCAUGCUUGUGUCGAGGCGGCUGUACGUCGCGCUUUGGAUACCUUGAAGGCUGCUGGGGACCGUCAGGUGAACCUGUGGUCUGAGCAGCCGCCUGUCAUUGUAUUUACGGACGGGGCGUGUGAGGAACGCGGCUCUCAGGUGACACAUGGGGCCGUUAUCGUGGACGUCGCAUCGCAGACUCAUGAGGUGUUUGGGGGCCACAUCCCAGGGCCUCUUGUUGAGGCUUGGCGUAGCUCCGGUCGAGUUCAACUGAUUUUUUUCGCAGAACUGUAUCCAGUCUUAAUCGCGCGACGCACUUGGGGAAAGGUGUUGCGGAAUCGGAGGGCGUUGUUCUUUGUGGAUAACGAAGCCGCCAAGGCGGCCUUGAUCAGAAACUAUUCGCCUUUGGUCGAUGCGGCCAGUAUGUUGGCGGACAUUGCCGAACUUGAUGUUGCGAACCAUUGUUUUCCGUGGUACUGCCGGGUGCCGUCCAAGAGCAACUUUUCUGAUGCAGCUUCCAGGUUGUCCUUUGGGGAGUAUGAGGAACGCUUCCGAAAGGUGCAGCCGAUGUUGGAGGCAGUUUAA